UGACAUUUUAAAAUGUGACACAGAUCAAAUAACUAAAUUUCCUAAAAGACAUUAAUUGCGAUGCGAAUAGCAAUUUUAAUUGUUUUUAUUUUAGGGCAUGGCAAAGCUUAUGUUGCACAUAAUUGCGCAGUUAAAACUUAUCCUGAAAAUGAUGACAACCUUAAAAUGUCAGAAUAUAUAAUCAAUCUUGAUUCGCCGGCCGAAAGCAGAUGGGAUGCUUUAGUUAAUGGUAGAAAACAAGAACUUUUACAUUUAUUUGAAGUGUUCUCAGAAAUUGACAAUGAAUAUUUUAAAGGAUAUUUAAUGAAAUUUGUAGAUAAAUAUCUAAAUUUAUUGGAUAAAAAAAUUCCAUCACCUUAUAGAGAAGAAAUUAAUGGAAUAUCCAGAGAAGCAGGCCUAAACAAAGGGAGAGUAAUUGCCUACAACAUAUUUUACGAAAUUUUUACGUUUUGCACCUCCAUCUUAGCAGUUGACAACUCUUCGGAACAAAAUUUAUAUCACGUUCGUAAUCUGGAUUUUGGCUUAUUUUUAGGAUGGAACUCAAUUAAUAAGACCUGGAAGAUAUCGGAAGCUCUCAAGCCAUUGACUGUUGCUUUGGAUUACAGGAGGGGCAAUGUUACCAUAUAUAAAGCCGUAUCUUUUGUAGGAUACUUAGGAGUUUUGACCGCCAUGAAACCUGGAAAGUUUUCGCUCACCGUUAAUGAACGCUUUACAACGGACGGUGGUGGAUUUGUAGGUAUACUUUUAUGGCUCAUUGGGUGUAGGGAAAUGAAUUGGCUAUCAUUUUUCACGAGGGACCUAAUGGCGAAUGCUCUUUCUUUCCAGGAAGCCAGGGAACAGCUUAAGUUGGCGCCCCUAAUAGCUCCCGUUUAUUUUAUCAUAGGCGGUCUUGAUAAAACGCAAGCCAAUGUUAUAACACGUUCUAGAAUGCAGAUGGUAAAUGAUCGAAAUCUAUCUGCUUGGCAUAAUUCAUCUAGGGCGCCCAAUUGGUACUUGUUGGAGACUAAUUACGAUUGGUGGAAAAAGCCUUUUUUCGUCGAUGAUAGAAGGACACCCGCUAUUAACUGCCUAAAAUAUACCAAGCAAACAGGGACGAUAAAUUUUUCAACCCUCUAUGACGUACUCUCUACUCAACCAGUUUUAAACAAAUUAACCGUAUAUUCUUCUCUUAUGAAUGUCAAAGCUGGUACCAUCGAAACUUACUUAAGAGAAUGUCCUAAUCCAUGUCCACCUUGGUGAAAAUUUUCACCACGACUAGUGUAAUGAUUGUUCUAACAAUUCUAUAUAAUUUAUAAUAUUAAAUGAAUUUUAUUUUAGAGAACAGUAUUAUCUAUAAUAAUGCAUAAUUGUUUAUUUUUGAUUCUCUUAUUAUUACUUGUUAUUACUUUUUAACACUGCUUUCUA